AUGACGUGCAAUGGCCCCGUUUCGGAGGACCCUGCCCAAAACCUGGCUUGGUUGACUUCCAGACUAGGAACCUUUGUCAAUUUCCCAAGACACUGUCCCGUUCCUUACUCGGUACUAGCCCAGGCGGGCUUCUUCUACACUGGGAAAGGAGACCAAGUCAGAUGCUUCAGCUGCCUUGCAACCCUAGAAGGAUGGAAAGAGGGAGACUCGGUGAUUGGAAGGCACAAAAAUGUUUCUCCAAACUGCCGGAUCGUCAACGAUGGCAACUUCGAAGAGCAUCAUCUCCUUUCCGGUCUCCCAAACGGUCCUCCUGGAAGAGAAGCCACCAGCUCCGUCCCACCAAAUGCCAAUCUGUCUUCCGAUUUGGAGGCCGAUUACUUGUUGAGAACCGGGCAGGUGGUGGAUCUCUCGGGCUCCCCGUAUCCCCAGAAUCCGGCCAUGUGCAACGAAGAGGCCCGGCUGAGAUCUUUUCACUCCUGGCCUCCUUACACGCCGGUCACCCCGGAGGAUCUGGCCAACGCUGGACUCUAUUACCGAGGGGUGGAGGAUGAAGUGGAGUGCUUUUGUUGUGGGGGCAAGUUGAAAAACUGGGAAAUGGGGGACCAGGCUUGGUCGGAACACCGUCGCCAUUUCCCGAGAUGCUUUUUUGUCCUCGGACACGAUGUGGGAAAUAUUGGGACUGUUGCAAAUCUACCAGGGGAUGCACAGCUGGACAGAAGCAACACCCACUGGGUGCCACCACGUCCUCCUCCUCCUCCUCCUGUUGCUCAUAACCCCUCAAUGGCAGAUUUUGCAAAGCGCCUCCAGACUUUCGGGGUGUGGAAUUACUCCAUGAGCAAGGAGAGGCUUGCCCAAGCAGGCUUCUACAGCGUAGGUAUCGGCGAUGGUGUGGAAUGCUUCUCCUGCGGCGGCGGAUUGAAAGAAUGGAAGACUGGUGAGGAUCCAUGGGAGGAACAUGCAAGAUGGUAUCCGGGGUGCAAAUACCUGGGAGAAGAAAAAGGACAGGCUUUUGUGAACAGAGUUCAUUUAAAGCCUUUGCCACAGGAAUCAACUGUAGAAGAGCCCGAGGAAGUUUUAGCUAUUGAAGACGAAGAGCAUCUGCAAAGCCAGGUGACCCAGAGCGCGUUGCAAAUGGGAUUCAGCGCGGAGGAAAUUAGCAAAAUGGUGGAGAGGAAGUACCGCCUUUCGUCCGAGCGCUACCGGUCGGUUGAGGCGCUGGUCACAGACCUAAUCGGGGCCCAGAGAGAAAAUACACCCGGCAUGUAUUUAGAAAACUAUCUGCAGAAAGAUCUCAGUACAGAAGAGAAGCUGAAAUGUCUGGAGGAAGAAAAGAUCUGUAAGAUCUGCAUGGAUAAGACCCUCUCCAUGGUCCUCAUUCCUUGCGGGCACGUGGCUUGCCAAGACUGUGCAGAGGCAGUCGAAAAAUGCCCCUGGUGUUCUAAGGUCAUUGCAAACCGGCAAAAGAUCUUUAUGCCCUGA